CCUGGUCGCAGACGGGGCAAUGGAAGCUCGAGACAAACAAGUCCUUCGCUCCCUCCGCCUGGAGCUGGGUGCAGAGGUCCUGGUGGAGGGACUAGUUCUUCAGUAUCUUUAUCAGGAAGGGAUUUUGACAGAAAACCAUGUUCAAGAGAUUAAAGCUCAAGCCACAGGCCUCAGGAAAACAAUGCUGCUGCUGGAUAUCCUACCUUCCAGGGGCCCUAAGGCAUUUGACAAGUUCCUAGAUUCCCUGCAGGAAUUUCCCUGGGUCAGGGAGAAGCUGGAGAAGGCUCGGGAAGAAGCUGUGACUGAGCUGCCUGCAGGUGACCUGGUGACUGGAAUCCCCCAGCACAUUCUCAACAGCUCCCCAUCGGACCGGCAGAUUAACCAGCUGGCUCAGAGGCUGGGCCCGGAGUGGGAGCCUGUAGUGCUGUCCCUGGGGCUGUCCCAGGCGGACAUCUACCGCUGCAAGGCCGACCACCCCCACAGCGUGCACGCGCAGAUGGUGGAGGCCUUCGUGCGCUGGAGGCAGCGCUUCGGGCAGCAGGCCACCUUCCAGAAUCUGCAGAGAGGCCUCCAGGCCAUGGAGGUGGACCCCUCGGUGCUUCAGCACAUGCUGGAAUGACGCACUGCAACAGCUGGGUCCUGGGGAGAGAGUCCCCAAGUCACCCGGUGGGUAGUUUUUUGGAGCGUUUUUUCCUGUGGGUUUUGAUUUUUCAUGAUCCUUAAAUGAAAAGAGAAAACAGGAUUUGCAUUUGAAAUUACUGACAGCCAGAUCAUUCAGCAGAUCUCACAUGUUGGCUUGAGAGGAGUUGUCUUGAAUUGCGUGAAGAAAUUGCAUUGUUUUUGUUAUCUUUUGACCAACUGCUAGAUCCUAGUGGCUCCACAUUGUGCGCAGGUGUCUUAUAUACAAAACAUCUGUUUUUAUGUUGCCGGGGGACUGAACUGCAGACUUUGCUAUUAAUAAUGAUGAUGAUAACAGAAAGUGAUUUACUACUUCAUAUAUAAUGUGCCCCUUCCCUGAGAAGUCAUGUUUGCUUUUCCCCUCAUCGUCAUAUUGCCUAGAUUAAGGAUGUAGAACUCCUGUGGACAUUUCUCUGGAACAUAACUGAUAGAACAGGGGAAUGGUUGCACCCUCCAGUCAAGAUAAAUAGCACUGGCAUGGUGUCCACAUUAAAUUUGAAGCAUUAAAGCGCCCUGCGAAGACCAGUUCGAGUACCCACAUGCAUACCUGAGCCCUUCUUCUUCAAAGGAUUGUUUAAGAAAACCCUCUGCCUUUUAUUUAAAGGUUUACUUGGAGGACAAAAGGGGUGUGGUCUUUCCAUCAAAGCCUUGAUGAUUGAAGUGUUGUGCUGUUACAAGUGUGACUGAGUCUUCUCUUGCUACUAGCACAUGAUAUUUGUCAAAUGUUUUACUGCUUCUUGAAGUAGUUCUUCACGUAUGGGAUCUCACAGAAAUUCUGUGAAGUAGCUGGUAAGACAGGUAACCUUUUGUGCAAAGGUAAGUGGGUGACCUAAGGUUGGUGAGCUACAACGUGUAUCCUCCUUGGGGCGACACAAGGUUGGUGAGCUACAACGUGUAUCCUUGGGGCGACACGCUGAGUCUCCUGAAUGCUCUGUGGUCAUCCUCCUCCUCCUGCCUCCGAAAUGCUCCUGGAAGAGGCCAGUGUCCUGCUCGCCACCUGACAGAAAUAUCUCCUCAGACACAAGUGACUUCACCUGUAAGCCUGUUUUCUCACUUGGAGAGCGGCAAAUGCUUGUUCUCACAUCUGAGAUUUAUGUGAUGAUUAAAAGAAUGUCUGCCCGGAGCUCUGCUAGUGCCUGGCCACAGACCGCUGUUCAGAAAAAGUAGCUGUUAACUCACUGCAAGGCUGAACAAUGGCUGCCGUUCACAGACAAAACUCAACAGUGACUAAAGCCGAGGGCGCUGUCAGAGAAAGUGCUGUUACCAUGUUUCUAAGUCUUAAAAUGUGAUGUGAUUUCAUUAACUCCACCGUGGGUCCAGCCAAGAAAGGGACUGUGAGCCUCCCCCGGCUGUGAUCUGGCCUUCUGAAUAAUUGAAAAGAAUCUAUUUCCAAGCCCUAACCUAGCUCAGGAUUUUUCAAAGGGAAAACCAUGAUAAUGUUUACAUCUCUCCCAAGGAGGGUGGAGUUGAUAUGAAGGGGUCUUCAAGAGGUGCUGGUGGUGGUGUUGGUGAUGUUCUGCCAGGUGUGGGGCAGCCUUUUCCUGUGACUAAACAGACUCAUUAUUUCACAGUUCAACAAACAGCUCAGAAGAUGGUCUGUGACCUCGUGAGCCAAUUUCCCAUUUCAUUGGAAAAUUAACCAGGACUUAGCCCAUGGUCUUGUACAUUCUCCUCUUUUUGGUCACAUGUCCAUGCCCAGUGAACUGUAUUUUUACUGCAUCUUUAAUAAACUGA